GUUCCUUUGCUUGAAUGGUGAAGAACCUCUCUCCUAGAAUACCAAUUUUAUCUUAAUUUCAGAGGCGUCUUCGUCAACAUGCUUUAAUUCACUCUCUAAGAUCGUAAUUCACUGCUCUGAUGAUGAUCCUUUCAGGUGUACUUGGCUGCACUUUUCACUAAAUUGAUUCUUGAGAUCAAGAAGUCGUAUUAUUUUGGAGAAGAAAUGGUACCCAAUCUAGUUUAUCACUCUAGCUUUGUGGAUGAGGAAGGAAUUAGAAAAGCUUGUGGGUGCCCUUUACUUCCUUUGAAAAGCCAUAUAAAGGGUCCUGCUCCAGUUUCAGAUCAAGAUAGAACUGAUAUAGUUGAUGAAGCAAUCACAUUCUUCCGUGCUAAUGUUUUCUUUAAAAACUUCGAUAUUAAGAGCCCAGCUGAUAAGCUUCUUAUUUAUUUGACUUUCUAUAUCAAUGUGGCUUUGAAGAGGCUUGAAGGAUGUAGAACAUUGGCUGAAGGGACCAAAGCAAUCAUUAAUUUGGGUCUGGAAAAGGUUCCUGUGCCUGGAGAAUCUGGAUUUCCAUUUCCUGGUCUUUUUGUGAGUCCUGAAUCUCAAAAGGAAGCAGAGCUGUUUAGAAAUUAUCUGAAGCAGAUAAGGGAAGAAACAAGUGGAAGAUUAUUGAGUGUUGCGUAUAGACAUAAUGGGACUCCAAACAAAUGGUGGUUGGCGUUUGCUAAGAGGAAAUUUGUGAAUGUUAUUGCUUUAUGAGUACUUUGUUAGAGAUAUCCUAUUAGAAAAGUGGCAUGUAAUAGGAGACUAGUUAAUAUCACAACAAUUACCUGUGAAUAUUUACUGUUAUCAAAUCAUGGAGUGCAAGCAUGUCAAACAUUAGGAAAAA